AUGCCCGCUUCCUUUUCCGCCACAGUUUAAACUGGCAGUUGUUAUUGUUGUGGAGGUCUGGGAUUGAAGUUUUUGCAGAUGGAUUUUCCCGAUCCUUCGUGUUGUUCAGGCAAAUAAGGCAACUAUAAGCCAUUUACAUGUAGCACUUCUUACCACACGUACAGUGUAGUGUUCAUUUAGUAAAACGGGCGAACCGCGGGUGGAAGUCUACCGAGAUGUCUCUGCCACCGGAGAAAGCAUCUGAACUAAAGCAGAUCAUACACAACCAUCUGAUCAAGAUGAACAUCCAUGCGAAGAUCAGGGAUGUGUUGGCGGAGACCGUGAGAGAGGAUCUGGACCCUGGACAUAGCUCUCUGUCUGAGGAGGACUUCCUCCGGGCUCUGCAAUGCAGGGGAAUCGUAGACGAUGUCAUGAAGGAUCUUCAUUUCUCCAAGGAAGUGCCUGACACCGAGUUAGGACUCCAGAACACUCCGAAGCCUGCAACUCACUUUAUUGACAAGGACCCGACGAAGCUCAAGAAGACCAACAUGGACCCAGCGAGGAGGUACCUGUACCUCCAGGUCCUGGGGGGUAAGGCCUUUCUAGAGCACCUCCAGGAGCCAGAGCCUCUACCUGGUCAGGUCUGCUCCACCUUCACCCUCUACCUGCACUUCAGGAACCAGCGCUUCCACUCCAAGCCUGUCCCCUGUGCCUGUGAGCCAGACCUGCAGGAGGGCUUCCUGCUGGAGAUACACAGAGAGGGCCUGGGCGAUGGCAGUAAAAUGGCAGAUGCCACCACGAUGUUGUCUAUCUGUGACCCGGUACACCUGGUGUUGAUAAAGAGAGACACGUCCAGCGAGACCACCCUGGUCUCCUCUUACUUCCUGGACUGGAGGACCGUCCUCUCCUCUCCCUCUGGGAAGACCAGCGUUGCCGUAGAGCUGCUUGGAGUCGGUAGUGAAUGUAAGGUGACGGCUGGUGUACUCAACAUGAGUCUUGACCUUUACCCUCCUCUGUCAGAGAUCCUGUCACCUGACAUCAUCACCACACAGCAGUCCCUGGAGCGGCAGAAGACGGCGGAGAAGGAGAGGCUGUUUCUGGUUUAUGCGAAACAGUGGUGGAGAGAGUUUCUAGAGAUCAGACAGGCCAACCAAUCCAAACUGGUCAAGAUCUUUGCUCAGGAUGAGAACGGCGUCAACAGGCCGGUGUGUUCCUACGUGCGUGUCCUGCGUGCUGGUCGUCUCCUGGAGAGUCCCCGUCAGGCGGCCCGCUUCGUUAGCCUGCUGGGCCUGGAGAAAGCCCCCGUGGUGGGGGGAGGAGGAGCGGGCAAACAGGAGCAGUGGUGCUCCCUUCUCGCCUUCCUCUGUAGAAACAAGGGCGACUGUGAGGACCAUGCCACCCUGCUGUGCAGUCUGCUGCUGGGGUUCGGCCUGGAUGCCUACGUGUGUGUUGGCACUAAGCCCAAGAGCCUGGCACACACCUGGGUGAUGACCAGGGGCACUGACAGCACCAUCACCUUCUGGGAGAGCCUGACCGCACACAGGUACCUCCACCAGGCCAUUGACCCAGAUGCCCCUCCCCUGGCCCCCCAGCCCCGCCCCUCCUAUCCCUACAGGACCAUCGGCUGUGUGUUCAACCACAGGUCCUUCCUGGCCAACUGCCAGCCGUCAGACGCCGUGGAACUCUGCUCGUUCGACUUCCACAACCAGUCCCAGUGGAAGGCUAUGAGUGAGGAGGCUGUUGGCUCAGUCUGCUCCCCAGGCAGCACCACCUCUCUGCCCCCUCUACCUCCUCUCUGUGGCCCUUCCCUGGAGCCCAGCGCUGCCUCCAACCAGCUGGAACUGGAGCUGAGGUACCUGGUGGUGGAACACAGGAAGGACCUUGGCCUGGCCACAGUGUGGGAUGACCACCUGUCCUACGUCCUGUCCUCCGCUCUGGCGGCGUACGAGCUGGAGCGCUGCACGGGGACUUCCUGCGGUAACGAGGAGUUCCAGGAUGCUGUGCGGAGGGCGGUGCCGGACGGACACACCUUCAAAGGUUUCCCUAUCCACUUCCUGCACCACAACGCACGGCGAGCCUUCGCUACCUGCCUCAGGUCUCCGUUCUGUGAUGAGAUAGUGUGUUGCCGUGGGGACCACGUGAGGCUGGCGGUACGUGUCCGGGUGUUUGCGUACCCCGAGUCUGCCUGUGCCGUCUGGGUGAUGUUCGCCUGCAAGUAUCGUUCUGUACUCUGACCCCUGACCUUUGACACGCCCCCACCGUUGGAGGAACAUCAAGUUUAAGGGACCAGGGACCUCCCCAUACCAUAAUAACACCAUACUGAAGGGCUGAUACCAUAUCUAUUGAAUUACCAGGGACCUCCCCAUACCAAUGAUGGCCUAGGAACAGUGGGUCAACUGGCCUAGGAACAGUGGGUUAACUGGCCUAGGAACAGUGGGUCAACUGGCCUAGGAACAGUGGGUUAACUGG